ACGAGCUAGGCACUUUACCUCCUCAUUCACAGGAUGAAGACUCUGAGCUUUUUGUGCAUUCUUCUAUUUUUAUGCAGCGAGGUUUUCGGAAAGUUGAUCCAAGCUCCUUAUGGAGAUGACGUUGAGUUUCUGCUGUCAGAGGAGUGCCUGAAGGGACGGGGAACACUGAAUCUACGAAGGAAUGAUGCCAGCACGGAGCUGAUCGCCUCCCUGGAAAACGUCUGGAAACCCGGACCACAACAUUCACACCGCGUGAAUCAAAGAGGGCUCUCUCUCAUCCUGGACAACGCAGAUCUGAACGACGAAGGGCUGUACGAGUUUACAUGCAACGGCAAAGACUUGGAAGCGAUCAAGCUGGAAGUAUUUGUCCCCUCUGAAGUUGAUGUAACCGAGGGCGAGGAUGCCACACUCCCGUGCCGCUCCGGCAUCGCGGGCCAGUCGGUGAAAUCUGCGCGCUGGAGGAAAAAUGGAAACGCGGUGCUUCAGCUGGAUGCUAUAACAGGGGGAAUCACGUACGGGGAAGACGUUGACACAAGCCGGGUGUCGAUACCAUCAGAGUGGGACCGACAAGCAGACCUGUCCCUCACCAUAAAGGGAGUCCAGCAACAAGAUGAAGGAGUUUAUUACUGUGACAUAGACAAGUGGGAGAGACACCGAUCUGCUGUCCGCCUGCGAUUCCACCCUCAACUCCCCACAGCAGCCGGUAGCACACCUCUGCCUACAACCACACCGACGCCAUCAGAGUCCUCUGAUAGGACAGGGAUCACAGUGAUCACAUUCCUUGUAACAGCAGCUGUAACAUCUGGGAUCGUUGGUCCUCUGGCUUUCCUCUUGGGCCGGAAACGGAGGAGAGAAACGAGAGAUGAGGAGACCGGAGCCCAACUAAACGGGUGCCAUACCACCAAUCACGACCAGUCAUCAGGAGAUCAGCACGUCUCUAUGAAUGGCUUUAAAAUGCCACCUGAUGCUCCAGAGGAAAUUACCCUACUGCCUAAUGAUAAUAACAACAAUGAUAAUGAAUAAAAAAUUAA